AUGUCACAGAUAGACUACGAGUACAAUGAAUUCCAUACAUUACAAUCACAAGAGACUGCUAAUUUGCUACAAACAGACGCUUCUAAGGGGCUCGACGAUGAGAAAUUCCAAGCAAGGAAAUCUGCCGUCGGGGAGAACUCACUCGGUGACGACAUGAAGAUCGAUUACAAGGCAAUGCUAAUUCAUCAAAUUUGUAACGCUAUGAUCCUGGUCCUGUUCAUUUCCAUGAUCAUAUCUUUCUCCAUCCAUGACUGGAUCACGGGUGGUGUUAUCUCAUUUGUAGUCAUCGUAAACGUCAUCAUCGGCCUAUUUCAAGAGUAUAAGGCUUCCAAGACAAUGAACUCUUUGAAAGCAUUGAGUUCCCCCAACGCUACAGUCAUUAGAAAUGGAACAAGAGAAACUAUCGACUCGAAGGAUGUGGUUCCUGGAGAUUUAUGUCUAGUGAAAGUGGGUGACGUUAUCCCUGCUGAUUUAAGAUUAAUUGAAACUCAUAAUUUUGAAACUGAUGAAGCUUUAUUAACCGGAGAAUCAUUACCAGUAAAUAAAGAACCCGGUAAUGUUUAUGAAGUGGAUACACCCGUGGGUGACAGAUUAAAUAUCGCCUUCUCAUCAUCCACUGUAGUAAAGGGAAGAGCUAAGGGUAUUGUCGUUAAGACUGGAUUAAACACUGAAAUUGGUAAGAUUGCUAAAUCUUUAAGAGCCAAUGAAGGUUUGAUCUCGAGAGAUCAAAAUUUACCAUGGUGGAAAAAUUGGUGGAUUACCAUUAUGCAGACGACAGGUGCGUUUUUGGGAACCACUAGAGGUACACCCUUGCAUAGAAAGUUAUCCAAAUUGGCCAUCUUAUUAUUCUUCGUCGCUGUUGUCUUCGCUAUUGUUGUUAUGGCAUCUCAGAAAUUUAUCGUCGAUAAAGGAGUUGCCAUUUAUGCCAUCUGUGUCGCUUUAUCCAUGAUCCCAUCUUCAUUGGUCGUCGUAUUAACCAUCACCAUGUCCGUUGGUGCCGCCGUGAUGGCUUCCAGAAACGUUAUUAUUAGAAAAUUGGAUUCAUUGGAAGCAUUAGGUGCCGUUAAUGAUAUUUGUUCAGAUAAGACGGGGACUUUAACCCAGGGGAAGAUGAUUACCAAGGAAAUUUGGAUCCCAACUUUUGGUAUUAUAAGAGUGGAAAAUUCUAAUAACCCAGUGAAUCCAGAAAUUGGUGAAAUAAACUUCACUCCAGAAUGGUCACCUUAUGAAUAUGCUCAUAAUGAAGAUGAAGAUCAAGGAAUAUUUAGAGAUUUCAAGAAUCGCUACCAUAAUGGAGAUUUACCCGCUGAUUUGAACGUGGAACUUUGUCGCAAAUGGUUAGAAACUGCCACCUUGGCUAACAUCGCUACUGUGUUUAAAGAUAAUGACAAUGAAUGGAAAGCUCAUGGUGAUCCAACGGAAAUUGCAAUUCAAAUAUUUACCACUAGGAUGGGUAUCCCUCGUCAAUCUUUAACAGGUGAAAAAUUAUCAGAAUCUGAUGAUCUUGAUGAAGAAACUUCCAUUGAUGAAAGAGAAACAGCCAGUGAUGCUCAAUUCAAACAUUUAGCCGAAUUCCCUUUUGAUUCAACCAUUAAGAGAAUGUCUGCCAUUUUUGAGGACGUUAAGAAUGAUUCAUUAAACAUUUAUACUAAAGGUGCCUUUGAAAGUGUAUUGAAAUGUUGUUCACAUUGGUAUGGUAAUGAAGAAAAACCAGGUCAAUUAUCGCCACUAACUGAAAAUGACAAAACUUUUAUCAAGAAGAAUGUUGAUGUUCUCUCCACUGGUGGGUUGAGAGUGUUAGGAUUUGCCACAAAGCAAUCCAAUUUAGAAGAUAUAACUGAAGAUGAUAGAAAACGUUUGACAACAGAUAGAUCCACAGCUGAAUCGGAUUUGAUUUUUUUGGGACUUAUUGGUAUUUAUGAUCCACCAAGAGAGGAAACCGCUGGUGCGGUAAAGAAAUUCCAUAACGCUGGUAUCAAUGUUCGUAUGUUAACUGGUGAUUUCCCCGGUACUGCCAAAGCUAUUGCACAAGAAGUUGGUAUUUUACCCACAAAUCUAUACUAUUACCCUAAGGAAGUGGUAGAAAAUAUGGUAAUGACUGGUUCCCAAUUUGAUGAAUUGACCCCAGAACAAAUUGAUAAUCUUCCUGUCUUGCCCUUGGUAAUUGCACGUUGCUCCCCACAGACAAAAGUUAGAAUGAUUGAAGCUUUACAUCGUCGUGAUAAAUUCUGCGCUAUGACCGGUGAUGGUGUCAAUGACUCUCCAUCUUUGAAAAUGGCUAAUGUGGGGAUCGCCAUGGGUAUUAAUGGGUCUGAUGUCGCCAAGGAUGCCUCCGAUAUUGUAUUAAGUGAUGACAAUUUUGCAUCCAUAUUAAAUGCCAUUGAAGAGGGGAGAAGAAUGAGUGAUAAUAUUCAAAAAUUCGUCUUACAAUUAUUAGCUGAAAAUGUCGCACAAGCUCUAUAUUUAAUUUGUGGAUUAGCAUUCCAAGAUAAAGAGGGGAAAUCUGUAUUCCCAUUGGCUCCUGUGGAAGUCUUAUGGAUUAUUGUCGUUACUUCAUGCUUCCCUGCUAUGGGACUGGGUUUAGAAAAAGCUGCUCCUGAUUUAAUGGAUAGACCUCCAAAUGAUUCGAAAAGUGGUAUCUUCACUUGGGAAAUCAUUGUUGAUAUGUUUGUUUAUGGUAUUAUAAUGGCUGGUUGUUGCAUGGGUUCAUUCACUACUGUCGUUUACGGUAAGGAUGGUGGUAACUUGGGAUUCAACUGUAAUAAAAGCUAUAAUGAAACCUGUCACGAUGUAUUUAGAGGUAGAAGUUCUGCAUUUGCAGUCAUGACUUGGUGUGCCUUGAUUCUUGCCUGGGAAGUUGUGGAUUUAAGAAGAUCCUUCUUUAGAAUGCAACCAGAAACAGAUACUCCCGUUAGAGAGUUUUUCAGAGAUAUUUGGUCCAAUAAAUUCUUGUUUUGGUCACUUAUUUUCGGAUUUGUGUCCACUUUCCCUGUUAUUUAUAUCCCAGUUAUUAAUGACAAAGUUUUCUUACACAAGGGUAUUACUUUUGAAUGGGGGAUUGCAUUUGCUUUCACUAUUAUCUUUUGGAUGGGUUGUGAACUCUAUAAAUUUAUGAAGAGACGUUACUUCAGACGUAUGAUGAAUAAAGCCCAAAAUCCUGAAUCCGAUUUAGAAAAGAGAACAAGAAGAGAUCCAUUUGAAGCAUACAGUACUUCAACAACUUUGCAAACAGAAAUUAAUAUUAGCUAUAAGAGUUGA